AGAUGAGGAGUACAAUAUGGUCAAUUAAAGGGUGCAAGUACUCCUCGACAGUGCAGCAUUUAAGAAAACAAAUUGACCUCCAUAGCUCCCGCUCGCCAUUUCCCCCCACUAUAAAUACUCGCUGCCAUGCCAUCUCUUCUUCCACACCACAGUCCACAGGCACCAGCACCACCAGUCACCACUCCUCCGGCUCCGAGCUGAGGAAGGGAAGGGAAGUCAGAGCCGCAGCUGCAGACCGUCGUCACCGAGACGAGACACUUCACGGUGCGUGAUGAGCCGAGGCAGCAGCAAGGGUGGGAAGGGCGGGGGGCUGGACCUGAAGCUGCACCUGUCUCCCCCGGCGGCGGCGGCGGCGGCGUCCUCCGACGAGGAGUGGUCGUCUUCGUCGUCGUCGCCGCCGCCGAGCUCGUGCCUGUCGUCGUCGGAGGGCGAGCGGGAGCCGCGGCCGCAGAUCCACGGGCACGGGCUGCAGUGGUCCGACAGCCCGGAGGCGACGCCCAUGGUGCUGGCGGCCUGCCCGCGCUGCCUCAUGUACGUGAUGCUCUCCGAGGCCGACCCGCGCUGCCCCCGCUGCCGCAGCCCCGUCCUCCUCGACUUCCUGCACCACGCCGCCGCAGCCGCCACCCGCAGCAGCAGCAGCAUCAACGUCAGCCGGCGGGAGGACGGCGAUCACAGCCGCAGUAGCACCAGCGGCGCCGGUGGCCGGAGGAACAGGAGGGCGUGACCAUCCGCAGUUCCACACCGCACGGCACUAUCGAAAAUCCACAAGUUUCCCCCUUUUUUUCCCCAUUAUCAUUACCACUAGUUCUAUCAAUCAGUACCAGCAGUAGCUUCGGUUUCGCUCAGCAGUCCGUCCGUUUCCCAACAGGAAUGAAACAUGAGCUCUAGAUCCCUCCCUGCUUCUUCUUCCCGGCCGGAGCUCUACAUAAAAACUGGAAGCGUUCGCCGGUUUUCCGAUGUUCACGUUGGAUGGGGAAGUCGUCGUGAUCGAUACGUCGAACGACAAUCAUAUAUUUGAGCUGCAGCCUGCAGCUGAUCUGCGACAUUUUUUUCUUUCUUUGUUGGAGAUGGUGGCGUAUCCUUGUCAAGCUAGGAGAAGUAGAAAAGAGACGAGCAUAGCAUUUUUUUCUCA